AUACUGACCCAAACCAAACAGCCUGAGCUGGGAAUCCACCCAUGUCAUGACGUCAUUGGGCUCUGACAAGCUGGUGGUGCCGGAAGAAAAGAUGGCGGAUCAUGAGGAGCAGCUAUCCGAUGAGGAAAAGGUACGCAUAGCAGCUAACUUUGUCAUCCACGCCCCGCCGGGAGAGUUCAACGAAGUUUUCAAUGAUGUGCGAUUGCUGCUCAACAAUGACAAUCUUCUCAGGGAAGGUGCAGCGCAUGCAUUUGCACAGUACAAUGUGGACCAGUUUACCCCGGUGAAAAUUGAGGGCUACGAAGAACAGGUCUUAAUCACAGAGCAUGGUGACCUUGGAAAUGGCAGGGUUCUGGACCCCAAGAACAAGAUCUCCUUCAAGUUUGACCACCUGAGGAAGGAGGCCAGCGAUCCGCGGCCCCAUGACGUCGACAGUUCCCUGGAGGGCUGGAGGAGCGCUGUUGACUCGGCUGUCAGGGCCUACGUCAAGGAGCACUACCCCAACGGGGUUUGCACUAUUUACGGGAAAAACAUUGAUGGACAUCAAACCAUCAUUGUGUGCAUCGAGUGCCAUCAGUUUCAACCAAAAAACUUCUGGAACGGACGCUGGAGGUCAGAAUGGAAAUUUACCGUCUCCCCCUCUACCACUCAAGUGGCAGGCAUCAUGAAAAUCCAGGUUCAUUACUAUGAAGAUGGAAAUGUUCAGCUGGUGAGCCACAAAGAGGUCCAGGAGUCCAUGUCACUUUCUAAUGAGGCUUCAACUGCAAAGGAGUUCAUCAAGAUCAUCGAGGCUGCAGAGAAUGACUAUCAGACCGCCAUCAACGAGAAUUACCAGACCAUGUCGGACACUACCUUCAAAGCCUUACGCCGUCAGCUUCCCGUGACACGCACCAAAAUCGAUUGGAACAAGAUCCUGAGCUACAAGAUUGGCAAGGAGAUGCAGAACGCUUAAAAACAGAGGAGAAUAAUAAAACAGACAACCCCUCACCCCACCCCACCCCCAAACAACAUUGCAUGACUGGAUAGUUGUAUUGUCUUUGUACAAAAAUUAGACAAACGGGGACAAACAAAGGUUUGGUCUCACAGCAAGAUGUCACCUUACACUUCAGAUGUCUACUUUUACUGAUAUUUUUUUAUACAGACACUUAACUUCUCUGCAUAGUGAAUAUAAAGUGAUGGUGAUAAUCAUGUUUGGGAAAGUAUAACUCGAGGAAAUAUUACAAGACAUAGGAGAAAGAGGGGGUUACUUGUAUGCAAAAACACCCUUAUACAAUAUCACGUGUGCAAUAUUUAUUGUGUCAGUGAGACCACACCUUUAGUUUGACCUGCCGAAAAACGAAUGAAUUUGCAACGAUGGUGAAACAAAAUGAUUAUUGGGAGAAUUCUGUCUGCAUUUACAAAAGAGCUCAGAUAUUUUGGCUGAAAUGAAAGUCUCCAUCCACAACACGGUUACUGUCCCCGUGCAGUCAACAGCAACCACAAAAAAAGAAGUUCUUUGUGUUCAUUGACUGGUAUCUUUGGCACAAGCAGUCACCAUUGUCGACCACUCAAUGUUCCUGUUUCCUCAUUCUGGUACUUCCCUCACGGUUUGCCCCGUAUGUAAGAUCUCAAGCUUGCAGCUCUCCUGGCUAAAUUGCCUUUUGACUCUCCAUCGUCUGAGCUGUCACUCAGCGCUGGGAGUUCAUGACAACUUAACAAGCUUAAUUAACAAAGUCAUUAAUCGCUAAGUAAUGUGCAUAAUGUCCAAUUUACAAUAAAAUUACAAAAUAUCGCUCUCUCUCCCUUCCAGUGCUUAUUUUUAUUAAAACGGAACCUGACUGUAUUAUAUAACAAGGCACAUUGUAAUAUAUACCUGUAUGAAACAUCCUGUCUGUCAGUUUGGUGAUUUAUUUCCAUGAGAUUAAUUGUAAUUCAGUCACAAUUAUGUUGCAUUAAAUGACAAAUUUUCUA